AUGCCGGAACCUGGAAUCAAGGGGCAGGAACCGCUGCAGGGAGGCGCGCGACCCCACGUAUUCGCUCAGAGGCAUAAUGCAGUCGUAUGUUAUCGUGGGCGGAAGCUAUAUAGGGGAGAUGAUGUCGGGAAUCAAGCCCAUGAACACACACGCGCCCAUACCAUAAAAAUCCCGUCCCCUCGUUCGCAUCGCACAUUCCUUCGAGAAGAGAAGAAUGCACGUCAUGGGGAUCGUCCUAGUCCGUUUCUCCCAGCGAAUGCACCAGUAGUCUCGGUACCCGUCUCUAGAGGAGUAUGGAUGUUUUCUGUGCACGCAAUGACCCGAGAUAAGAAAGCUGCUGAUGAUUAUGGCCAAAUCAAGGAUCGAAUUACGAGGGGAAUAAAACAAGCCAAGGACGUAGUUUGGGCGGCAGUACACCGCGUAUGCUACCCUGCUCGCGCGGCCGGGGACGAAGGGGGUCUACGCAAACUCGCUCUCGUCUGGGAGGUGAAACAAUCCAGAGCGAAGAAGCAGAAGGUCAUCCUUGAUGAAGGGAAAACCAAGUGUCGGUGCAAUGUGGUUUUGGGAAAUUAUGAACCGGAUUCAACAAUGGUAUCGGUGGCGGUAAAUGGGGGCUUGUAUCGCCUCGAAGCGGGGGAGAAUAGGAUCGCUGGUUCCGAGAUUGGGGGUGUUCCGGUAAGGAACGGCCGGUGGCGCUCACACUUUUCCUACUCGUUGUACGCAGCGCUGGAGCUCGCAGUACUUAGGACACCCACCAUUACCAUCGGCAUGCAGGACUGCACUCACAUCUCGUAAGGAAAUCUCAAAUUUCACAGUGCUCGAUGAGAGCGAACAAUCUUAUCGGAGCAAGCGUAUUCGAAAUCAGUAAUUUGGCGAAGGAGCUACAUACUCAGGACUCACGAGGCCUGGAAUGACAUUACAAACGGCAUUCGAAUCCAGUUCCCGGAUAGGAGCGUCAGCUUGGAAUCGAUUAUCCACUCCUGCAGGCCGUGCACCCGCACUGAACGAACGAAUCAACUCACCAUGGAAGAUCAAUAU